AGAGGCGCAUUAUUUUUGUUUUCAUCAUGUACAUUUGAAUUCAAAUUAUGAGCUACUGAAGUUUAAAGUUGUAGAUUGAUUUGUAGCAGACAGCGCCGAAAUAAUCAGUGGUAAUCUAACAAGAGAGGAUCAUCAAGUGUGUAGUUAUGAGUUCAAAAAGGAAAAGGAAGAUUGAAAGCAUAAAGAAUAAUACUGAAGAUAUAUCAGAAGGUUCAGCAAAAACUGGCAAAGUGGAAUCCUCAACCUCUUGCUCAAAACCAGUCAAGACAAGGCUGGUAAAAAGUUUCUUUGAUCAGGAUUGUGAAACUCUUGCCAAAGCAUUACUAGGCAAGCUUCUGGUCACUCACUGUAAGGACACUGGGAAUAAGCUUAGUGGUGUUAUAGUGGAGACUGAGGCAUACUUAGGAGGUGAAGACAAGGGAGCCCACUCCUUCAAUGGAAAAAAGACAGCCAAAAACGAGGCCAUGUUUAUGGAGCCUGGGACUUGCUAUGUAUACAAUAUAUAUGGCAUGUAUUGCUGUAUAAACAUUUCUAGUGAAGGUGACGGCGCAGCUGUAUUGCUUCGAGCCAUUGACCCAGUUGAUGGAAUAGACCACAUGCAGAAAAUCAGAUCACAAAAGUCCAAAACAAUUACGAAAGAAAAAGACCUCUGUAAUGGUCCAUCUAAACUCUGCCAAGCUCUGAAAAUCAGCAAGGAUAAAUUCAACAAAACGGACCUGACUGCUUCAGAUGAAAUUUGGCUAGAGGAAGGGGAUGUUGUACCCGAGACACAGAUAGUAAAAAGUGCCAGAAUCAACAUAGACUAUGCAGAAGAAUGGGCCAAAAAACUGUUGCGAUUCUACGUCCUUGGGAAUAAGAGUGUUAGUAAGAGGGACAAAAUGGCAGAGGACAAAUUAAAAGGCUGAUGAAACUUAUUUUCUAGUUACUAUAUGCAUAUCACAGGGGUUAAUUUACCCAGUGGGUUCACCUCUUGACCUUGGAGUUUGACUAUUUUUAAAAGACUUAAAUAGCGAUGAGCUUCAAUAUGGGAGCAUCAGUAUUUAACAAAUAUCUUGUUUUCUGUAUAUACACACCCUUUACAACAAGCUUAGAUGAAAUCGGUGGUUGAAAUUGUUUUUAUACACUUAUUUUAUCUUUUUUAUGUACAUGUAUAUAAAUAUUUUUAGCUCACCUGAGCCAUAGGCUCAAGUGAGCUUUUCUGAUCAAAAUUUGUCCAUUGUCUGUCGUCGUCAUCGUAAACUUUUCACAUUUUCAUCUUCUUCUCAAGAACCACUGGGCCAAAUUCAACCAAACUUGCCACAAAGCAUCCUUGGGUAAAGGGGAUUCAAGUUUGUCCAAAUGAAGGGCCAUGCCCUCUUUCAAGGGGAGAUAAUUAGGAAUUGGUGAAAAAAUAAUG